AUGAUAGUUGCGCACUUUUAAUCUUAAUUAGUAAACUCGCAAGCCACUUCCCCUCACUAAUUAAGUUAUAAUGAGCUAUAGCCAUUUUAACAAUCCCAAUAUCAAUAACAAUAGCAACUCUAAUUACUAACAAGAACGGUAAACAUUCCAAGAACAGAAGGACAAGUAUUUAGAUUCGUUCAAGAAGAUAUGAGAGCAGGGACUUAUUUCAUAGAGUUAAAACUCUGUUGUUCCUGGUGGAGGAGAGAAAUUACCUUUGUAUGGAAAUCCAAGCACAUCUAACUGGGGAUUCCCUACUGA